GAAAGAAGAAGAAGAAGAAGAAGAAGAAGAAGAAGAAGAAGAAGAAGAAGAAGUGAAUUGACAGAGAAAAAAAAAAUAGAAAAUAAAGAAAUUGUAGUAAAAGUUAGAAAUGGAGAAAAGAAAGAAAAGAAUAAAUUAGAGAAAGAAAAGAGAAGAAAAAACAAGAAAAAAAAACUGUCAGCGGUCAUUGCUUUGAGAAAGAGAAGAAGAAAAAGAAAACUAACACAAACAACUAAACAAAUAUAGAGAGAAAAAAGAAAAAAAAGAAAUAAAAAGAAAAAGAAAAUAAUAAGCGUUGAAUUCCUGAAUAUUCGUGAGAAGAAGAAAAAAAAAGAAGAAAAAAAACACACCUCUCACCACCCAAAAAAAAGGAAGGUAUCCCCCCUUAAGGAAACUCCAGCCCGCGCGAAGGUACACAAUGGGGUGCGCGGAGAGCUCACUUCCAGGGGCGGGGGAGGAGGCGGCGGGAGAAGCGGCUGAAGGAGGGUCCCACACUAACGAAGGAGCGGGUGAGAAUGCGAGCGUGGGCGUAGGAGGCGAGCUGGAGGAUGUAGGAAGCGAGGAUGGAGGGGAGGAGGACCAAGAGGCGAAGGAAGAAGGAGGGAAGACUGAAGAAACUGAGGGAAUGAAGGAAAACGUGGGUGGGGAAAUUGGAACCCAGAAUGAGGAUGCGAGAAGCGUCAAAAUGGGCGUGUUAAGUCAUCCACCGACCUCUAUUCCACUUCUAAACUCCGCAUUAGAGCUAAGCCAGGGGAGCAGACCCACAUCCACCCGCUCCACCCACUCCGCACCUUCCACCCACUCCGCAAGGACGAUCCGCAGCAGAGGAGGGGAAGUGCGUGCGAGCUCGGCGAAUUCAAGUAGAAAAACCGUGAUUAUGACAAGGAGCAAAGACUGGACCGACCUUCCCUUGCCUGGCACCGUGUCCGAAGACCCCGACGCUGCCCCUGAAGACCUCGCCCCGGUGCACGAAACUGGCGAAACGGAGGGGAAAACAACGGAAAAUGACCCCAACGUUAACAUGCCGGGUGCUGGGACAGGGGAGCGUGACGCCUCGGAAGUGUUAAAGGAAUAUAAAGAUUUACUCUUGGCCCAGGUGGUAACGGAGCAGAAACUUGAUGAAACUGUCGAUACGGAUGGAGUUUCGCCUUUCCGGGUAACCUCAGGCGCAGGUGUGGGUGACGUUAAUGAGCCCCAGGUGACGGACACUCCCCCGGGGGCCGAAAUUCAAGGGGAAACUGAAGAAAAUGAAGUGAAGGAAGAGGAGGAGGAAGAGGAGGCGAAUAAGGACGUAGAGAAUUUGAUAAAGGAGAUGGAAGAAGAGAUAACAGCGAAUAUGGAGGAAGGAGGGAAUGGAGAGACGAAAGAGGAGGAAGAGGAGGAAGAGAAGAAGAAAGAAGAGGAGGAGGAGGAGAAGGAAGAGAAGGAAACAGAACCAACAAAAUCAGUCAAAUCUGCAAAAUCAGUUAAAUCGCUUCGUUCAGUCAACUCAGCGGUGUCAGCAGGCUUAGGAAUGGCCCUGUCAAGAAUUUCAGUCAAGUCAGUCAAAUCAGUCAACAGGGAUGAAUUGACAGCCCCAGAUCAGUCAAAUGAGAGAGGGGAUGACUUUGGAAUGGCCCAGUCAACCCUCUCAGUCAAAUCAGCUAGUUCAGUCAAAUCAGUCAACAGGGAUGAUUUGACAGCCCCAGAUCAGUCAAAUGAAAGAGAAGAUGACUUUGGAAUAGCUCAGUCUACAAUAUCAGUCAAGUCAGCAAGUUCAGUCAAAUCAGCAAGUUUAGUCAAAUCAGUCGAGAGAGAUGAUUUGACAACCUCAGAGCAGAUAGAAAGGGCAGAUGGUGUCUUCGGAAUAGCUCAGUCAACCAUUUCAGUCAAGUCAGUCAAGUCCACCGAAGGAAUGAAUCUGACAGCUUUCGAUCAGUCAGGGGAGAGAGAGGACGCCCUGGCCACCUCAGUCAAAUCCGCGGGUUCAGUCAAAUCAGUCAAAUCAGUAGAGGGAAUGGAAUUUGACAACCCGGGAACGUCAGUCAUUUCAGUCAAGACGUUUACAGAUGACUCAGAAACCCAAGAAGAUCCAGUCAAUUCAGUCAACUCAGUCAACUCAGUCAACUCAGUCAAAUCAGUCAACGGUUUACUGACUGACGACCAAGCUGCUGAACAUGACAUCACCACGCUACCGUCGCCACCAACAUCACCACCACCACCAGAAUCAGUCAAAUUUGCUCAACUGACUAACUUGACUGACCACCGAUUUGACAUGAGUGGUGGGGAUAAUAACGAUGAUAAAGAAGAGGAAGAGGAGAAAGAGGAAGAGGAGGAGGAGAAAAAAGAAGAAGGAUUGAGAGACUUGACGAAUGAGGGAAAUGACAUAUAUUACGAUAAAAAGGAGGAGGAGGGGAAGCUGGAAACAAAAGAUACAGAACUUACGAAUGAGGGAAUAGGGAUAAACUCCGAUAAGAAUGAGGAAAACGGGGAUAACACGCAAGAUUUCAAUGCCUUCCUGGGCGCUUACGAAGGAGGAAUAGACGGAGGAAUCGAUGAUAAACAGGAAGAGGGAGAAAGCUUGAUAAAAACGGAAGAUGAAGCAAAUAACUCGAUAGAAUAUUACAACUUCAACAUUCUGAAUUCAACGAACAGGGAAGAGGAAGAUACGAAGGAGGAAGAGGAGGAAGAAAAGAAAGAAGAAGAAGAGAAAGUAGAAUUUGGAGAAUGGAAUAGCCAAAACAGAGAAGAAGACAAAGAGAAUGAAAACAAAGAAGAAGAAGAAGAAGAAAGGAAGAAAACAGAAGAAGAGGAGGAAGAAAAGAGAAGGGAAUUGAAUCUCUUUGGUAACCCCUUCAAUUAUACCGAAGAAAACGGGUCAUCAGCUUACGAAGAAAACGGGAAACGGCUGGCGGAGGAGAGGAAAGAAUGGGAAACGAAAGAAAACGAAGAAUGGAAUGAGGGAAGAGAGAAAGUGGAUAAAGAGGAGGUGGAGGAGGAGGAGGAGUGGAACAAAUACGUGGAAGAGGAUUUACAAGCAAGAGAGAAGGAGGAAGGAGGAGGAGGAAUAUAUGAUGAAAGUGGAAGAGGAGAAAAUGAAGAAGAGGAAGAAAGAAAGGAAGAAGAAGAAGAAGAAGAAGGAGGAGAAAGAAGAGGAAUAUAUGAAAUAGAAAUAAACGGAGAAGAAAAAGAAGAAAUUGAAGAAGAAAAGGAGGAAACAUCUAUCUUUGGAACGAAGGAAGAAGAAGCAAAUCAGGAAACAGGAACCAAAGAAGAAGAAGAAGAGGAAGAAGAGGAGGAGGAAGAAAGGAAGAGGAGAGAAGAGGAGGGAGAGAGAAUAAUCGGUGGAGUUGAAGACUACACAAGCAGGAUCACAAAUAUAACAGAGGAUUCGGGGAGCAUUAAGGGGGACAUCCGGAGUAUCAGAGGAUUUUCAUAAGAGGAUCGAAACUUUUAUAUAUUUUCUUCAUUGGAUUCCUUUACUUAAUUCUAUCCUAUCAAAUUCCUUUUUAUUCUCCUCCAUUAUCUUUUAUUCGCGUUUAUUCAUUUUCUUUAUUCUUCCUCAUUCGAAUUUUCCAUAAUUUUAUCUAUAAGGGAAUCAAAAUCUCUAUAUAUUUUGUCUAUUUUACUUCCUUAUUCAAUUCUAUCCUAUCAAAUUCCUUCUAAUUCCUCCCAUUUAGUUUCAAUUCUAGUUUAUUAAUUUCUUUCUCAUCAAAUUCUCUUGUUUUUAUCUAUAAGGGAAUUGAAACCUUUAUAUAUUCUGUUUAUUUUACUUCCUUAUUCAAUUCUAUCCUAUCAAAUUCCUUCUAAUUCCUCCCAUUUAGUUUCAAUUCUAGUUUAUUAAUUUAUUUCUUAUCAAAUUAUCUCUCAUUUUAUCUAUAAGGGAAUCGAAGCCUCUAUAUAUUUUGUCUAUUUAACUUCCUUAUUCAAUUCUAUCCUAUCAAAUUCCUUCUAAUUCCUCCCACUUGGUUUCAAUUCUAGUUUAUUCAUUUCUUUCUUAUCAAAUUCUCUUGUUUUAUCUAUAAGGGAAUCGAAGCCUCUAUAUAUUUUGUCUAUUUCACUUCCUUAUUCAAUUCUGUUUAAUCCAAUUCCUUCUUAUUUCUUUCCUUUACUCACAAUUGUCUUUUAUUUACUUCCUUUAUUCUUUCUUUAUCAAAUUCUCCCUGCUUCGUUUCCUAAGGGGGUCGAUACCUUCUUGCAAUUUCUUUUUAUUUUUUUAUUUUUUUUACUUCUUUAUUCAAAUUCCUCGUAUCUAAUUCUCUCUCU